GGGCGGGAUCUGUUGGCUCGCCCUACCCUCGCAGCCUAAGCCUGCCCUCCACCAGACGGGUCCCCUCCCCGCGGCACCACGGCUUCCCUUCCACAGCACGGCGACGGGGGCUUCCCCUCAGCAGCUGCCGGCGCCUCAGUCUCUGCGGCCAGCCCAGCUCCGCCGCGUCCGCGGCCCGCCGCCGCCAUGCAGUUUAUGUUGCUUUUUAGUCGCCAGGGAAAGCUUCGACUGCAGAAAUGGUAUGUCCCACUGUCAGACAAAGAAAAGAAGAAGAUCACAAGAGAACUUGUUCAAACCGUUUUAGCACGGAAACCCAAGAUGUGCAGCUUCCUUGAGUGGAGAGAUCUGAAGAUUGUUUAUAAAAGAUAUGCCAGUCUAUAUUUUUGCUGUGCUAUUGAGGAUCAGGACAAUGAACUGAUUACCCUGGAAAUAAUCCAUCGUUACGUGGAAUUACUUGACAAGUAUUUUGGCAGUGUAUGUGAACUUGAUAUCAUCUUUAAUUUUGAGAAGGCCUAUUUUAUUUUGGAUGAAUUUCUCUUGGGAGGAGAAGUUCAGGAAACAUCCAAGAAAAAUGUCCUUAAAGCAAUUGAGCAGGCCGAUCUCCUGCAGGAGAAAACAGAGACUAUGUAUCACAGCAAGAGUCUCAUUGGGUAUAAGAAAGCGUACUAGAAUACGUGCUGGAAGUACAGACAUGCAUCAGAAUGUAGUAGGAUAUAUGAAUUCAGUUCUAAUUAUCAUUUUGUCAAGUUGAUUGUUUGUGUUUUGGCAUUAUUUGGAAAAUUAAUUGCAAUACCAAUGGAUAGCCCUAUUAUUUCAUUAAAUUGAUGGGUUUUAGGAAAUUUUCCCUGUAAUUCAUAAUUGAGAUUAUAAUUUACCUUUUAUACAGAAUAUUGAAAUUGGGUGAGACUCACUGACAAAGUGUUCUUAAAUAUAGUAAAUCAGUAAUGUUAUUACAGAUGAAGCCUUCCCUGUGAGAACGAAAGCGUCUAUAAAGUGAAGCACUGUUACUAACAUUGCUUUACUUGUUUUAUCAUUACUCUACUCUAUUCUAAAUGGGAAAGGGGCAGCUCUUGUAGCCUAAUAUGUUAGAGUUCUAACUUUAAAAUUCAUCGGGGAUGCUGUAAGGUCCAUUUAAGACCCUACCUUGGGAUAUUUUUGUCACUUUUUGAUGUGAAAACAUCUAACAUCUUAUCAGAUAUAUUUAUAAGCAGAUAGGUACUUAGCAAUACCAUAUGAUGAGUAGUUUUAACUUAUUGGGAGGAAGCCUUUUCUCUGGAUCUCUCCUUAGUGUAAUAGGACCCUAAUGAAUGUGACACACUGGUGAAAAGGGAUUCUAGCUGAACUUGCCACUAAUUAGCAUUUAUGUAAACUGGCAAUCUUUUCAGAUUAGUAGUAAGUACAGAGCUCGAGGAUUCUGUAGAAUGUAGGGCAUCUUGUUUACUGUUACAUACCAUGAACUUGAAAAAGAUAAAUCUGAACUGGGCAUUAAGAACUUAAGUGUUCAGCCACAAACCAAAGAACAAAAGCAAAUCUGAUGCUUUAGAUAAUUUUACUGUGAACUAAACAUUCUGAUUGUGUCUCCAUCAGCUUGUAUACUAUGUGUAAGAAUAUAUGCAUUUCUUUUGUAGCCACGCCAUGAAUAUUUUAAUGUCCCUGUGUACUAAUGACUGCUCAUCGACUAUGCAGACUUUCACAGAGGAAAUAGAGAACUGAUAUACUUAUGAAAGAAAAUGUCCUCAACUUGGUGACUAAUUCUCCUGUAAAAUAAUAUAUAGCAUUUUAUAGCUAGUACCUUUAUGAUUGUAUUUUUCUGUGCCUAUUCCUAAUUCUAUUUAUUCUGUAUAUGAUAUGACAUAGUUUUUUUGUCUACUACUGAUUUCUUCUUCACAAAAUAUGACUUGUGAAUGUUUUAAUAUUCUAAACACAUACAAGUUAUCACUAGUAAAUCAUCUGUGAUUAAUCUUAUGAGAGUAUAAGAGAAAGACCGGGAACAAUCACAAAUGUUUACCAAAGAAAAUACAGUUAGGAGCUCAGGCAAAAUUAGGAGCACUACAAUAUUUAAUGUAGUUUGAUCUUCCACUGUUGAAGAAAACCAAGCUUUAUUUAGCACUAAGAUUACUUUACAGUCUGUACAAGUUAAUAUGUUGUACUGUAUCACAUAAAAGUGUGUUGAAGCAAUAUAAGAAAAAAAUCAAUUGUAUAAUUCUCUAAGAUCUAAGGUUAAAACAUUUCAAUUUUUAAGAAAUUUUGUAUUGCCAAUAUUUAUUAAGCCACAUUUAUGCAGUGUCAAAAGUCUUUUAAGAACUAUCAGAAAGCUAUGUCACAGAGUCUCUUGUAUUGUUGCUCCGUAACACUGAGCCUACUUAUGUGAUACAAAAUUCUCAUAUUCAUUUAUAUUUAUUAGUUAAUGGCUUCCUAAUUAAUAUAUUAAGCCUUCUUCUAAACACUCAGUGCUCUGUUAACAAUGGUUGUAUAUUUUGGAAUACUAAAAGCUUUUAAUAUUAAUUUUAUAAAAAAUAUGCCUUUAAUAAUAUUUAUCAAAUUCUACUAUUAAAAUACCAGAUAACUCAUUUGUCUAUGUAGAGAGUUUAAAGCCUAAGUAAACUGUUACUAAACAGUAGUGCAUGCCUGUCAUCCUAGUACCUAGGAGGCUGAUGCAGGAGGAAGAUGAGCUACUAUAGUACCUAGGGCAUCCCUGUCUCAGAAGACAAAACUCUAGUAACUUCAGAAGGUACCCAAACGAGUUUCCCACUGAAAGAAGAUCUGUAAAAUGUCGUAGGAAAUGUAGUGUUAGGCAGCUGGACAGCUCAGCUCUCUCCAUUACCAUCUGAAACAGCACAAAACAUUGCUCUUUCAUUUCCAUUUUUCCCAUCCUCCCACACUACAUGUUGUUCACCUGAUUUUAAUGUUGCAUAAAUAUGCAUUGUCUCAUGCCUGUUUGUUUUGGAUGCUGUGUGCUGAGCUGUAACAAAAUGUUGUGCUUUUGUGAGGGGGAGGGGGUAUCUGUAUACAGCUGCUUGCUUUAAAUUAGCACAUUCUCAAAUAGCUUUUCCUGCAUGUCUGAAAUAAAGUAUUGCAUGUACUUUGUCUCA